AUUUUGGCUUUGCCUCUCUUGGUGGCCAGUAGUGCCGUUCCAAGACAAGAAACAAACACCACCGUCACCGCGGGCCAGUGCAACACCGGUUCGGCGCAGUGUUGCAAGUCUGUUCAGGACCCUAAGUCCGAUGCCGUCCAGAACGCCCUUGGACUUUUAGGGAUUCCUAUCGGUGAUAUCACUGCUCAAGUUGGUCUCACUUGUGCCCCCAUUACGGUCCUCGGCCUUGGUACGACCCAAUGCGCCAACCAACCUGUCUGCUGCAGUAAUAACAACUUCAAUGGCCUAGUUGCUCUUGGCUGCACACCGAUUAAUAUUGUACUUUGA